GCAAAAAGCACCACCUGUGAAAGCAGAACAAAAACAGCGCCUAAGCCCCUCCGAAUGUCGACAAAGUGAUUUCUUUUGGUUCUUUUGGAAGGAAAUUAAAGCACCACAGGGCACAGAUGGACGUGUUGUGACCUGCGACUAGAGGCACUCGUCCUUGAAGGCUGCUUGAAGAAAAGGGACAACAAUAAUCGCCCGCGCCGUCAAGUUCAUUUGAUAAAAGUUUACAUAAAUUCUGCAUCUCGUCGAUACAGAUAAAAACAAAAAUGAAUCAUCAGUACGAAGCAUUCAAAACUAAACUGGGUGUCCAGUGCGUUGUGGAAUUUGAUGCGGAGGAUGACGACAGCAUUUCUAUCAAAACAGAAGACUGCUCUUAUGAAAAUGAACUGGAAAAUGCUCUUCAGACGUCUUCUGAGACUAUACCACGCAAGAAGAAGUCACAAAAACAGGACCAAGGACAAGUUUCUGCCAAGCCCGAAGGUGUUUUUAAAGUGCCAUCGUCAAUCCCUCCAAUCAACAAGACAGUCAAAUCGAAACCUCCCAAUGAAGACAAACUUCCAAAGAAAAAGGCCAAGCUUUCCGGAGAAAAGUUGGCAUUGGAAGAUGGAAGGAAAAAACCCACUGCUUCAAAUUUUACCACACAGGCCAACAAUACAAACAGCAUUCAGUCCAUCAACACGUCAAGUAAAACAUGCUCGACAAGGUCACAAAAACAAGUUCAAGGAGUUUCUUCCACCCCUGCAGUUUCUAAUGCUUCUGCACCAGCAAUUGAGACUGUCCAGGUCGGAACUAAACCUGCCGAAGAACUCCACAAAAGGUCUAAGGAAUUGUUCGUUGAAAAGUCUGCAGUGGAGGUUGGAAGGAAAGAACCCACCGUUGUAAAUUCAACAAACCCUCCUGAAAUGAUCAACUCAUCAGCUCCAACAAAGUCACGAAAGCAACAAUUCCAAUAUGACGCAUUCAAAACCAAAUUGGGAAUCCAGUGCACAAUGCAGGAGGAGGAUGAAAGCAUUUCUAUCAAAACAGAAAACGAUGACUGCUCUUUCGACAAGGAAUUGGAUUCACUUUUGAUGCUUUACGAAGCUACACCUCGCACGAAGAAGCCGUCACAAAAAAAACUAUCUGCCGAGUCCAAUGCUUCGUCAUCAGUUCCUAAAACCAAUGAGACUGCUCAGGUCAAAAAUAAAUCCGCCAAAGAAGUUGACAAACUCUCAAAGAAAAGCUCCACAGAAAUGCAAGUUGAGAAGUCCGCAGAGAAGGAUAAGGAUGGAAGGAAAGAAUCAAGUUCUGCUUCAAAUUCAACAGUUGCUUCUAGUUCUGCCAUUCUGGCCGAGAAGACAAACAGCUCCCAGUCCAUCAACACAAAGUCACAAAAACAACAAGUUCAAGAUGGAGUUUUGUCCACCCCUGCAGUUGUUUCUAACACAUUGUCAUCAGUUCCUCCAGAUGCUGGCAAAGUGAAAAGUAAGGCUGCCGAAAAAUUGGACGAGGUUAUUCCGGGGAAAAAGACCAAGUUCUCCAACAAAAUAUCUGCUGUAGAGAAUGGAAGGGGAGAACCCACUUCUACAAUAAUUGCUCCUGCUGUUUCCACCCUCCCUGAAAAGACAAACAACUUGCAGUCCAUCAACAUAUUAACAACAUCGCAAAAAGAGCCAGAUCAAGAGGUUCCUGCCGAGUCUGCAGUUGUUCCGUCAACAAAUGAGACGGCGCAGAACAAAACUGAUCCACCUGUCCAAGAACUGGACAAAGUAUCAGAAGAAGUUUGUGUUCAAAAGUCUGCUGCACCUAUUUCCAGCCCACAGCCUGAAAAGAGCUUCCAGUCCAUCGGGGUCAAUACUGAAGAACAAGAGGAAGAAGACGACGUGGUUGAGCUGAAAUCCUGCACUACUCGGAACACUCAGUCCAAGGUGAAGAGACUGACCAACAAAAGAACACAGACGCCUCUUGAUCCUUACGUCCGCUUCCCUUACUGGGAGUACUUUGGACCUGGUGUUGACAAACGCACCAGAAGGGUUUACAAGAAUGAUGGAGAAGUUGUCCAAGAUGGGCAAGACUACUGCCUGAGUGCGGAGGGCAAGAAACAGCCUAUAGAUGAGCACUCUGAUGACUUUGAAUAAGAAAUUUACCAUGAUUUAAAGGAUGGUGCAAAACUUUCUUUAUUCAAGAUUGGAGAAGAAAAAUGAAAGUCUUCGUUAAUUUCAAGGUAGGCUUAUAUGCACUCUGCCUUUAUUCCUUACAAAUUAUAUAUUUUUUUUUGUUAAUUGAAUGAAAUGCAUUAACUGAGAUGAUAAAUCUUGGAUAUGAACACAAUCUUAUCUCUAUUUUCUUGUUCACUUUUUCUUCAACUUUUGUUUUUUCCUUAAUUCUAAAAUUAAUUUUAUCGCUAACAAUGCAACAGUCGCAGUGACAAUUAAAAUUGUCAUUAGAAAUGAUAUAACAUCCAAAGAGUGUAGCUGCACCCAAUUCAGGUGCGAACCGGCUGGCUGAAGGUGUUUGGCCCCUUUGUGUCGGAUGACGUACUCGGUCCAAAAUACUGCCCUCUCAAGAGGACUUUCAAGCUCAUCACUUGCAAUCAAGGACAGCCUUUUUGCUCUCUCUGAAAAUCUACAAAACCGAUAAUUAUUUUGGCGAAAAUGUUAUAAAACCUUAAAAAAAUUUUACCCUGGAUUAUUUAAAAUAGUUUCGAUGGAAUUUUUCCAAUUUUCGGCUGUCAAAUUGGGCAAGUGGAGUUUCAGACCGACUCCUUUAUUCACAGCUUUUUGUCCAUUUAUGUACUGGUCUGCAAAAAACGGCACAGCCAACAUUGGCACGCCGUGGUACAUCGACUCUUGAACACUCAAACGUCCGCCGUGUGUGAUGAAAAGCUUUAUAUUCUCAUGAGCUAGAAUUUAAUUUUUGUUAAUAAAUAUAAUUUAAAUAAUUUAGGUUGUACCCAAAAUGUCUUGCUGUGGCAACCACUUUUUGAUCAUGACGUUUUUCGGCUUCUGAGGCAAAUCGGUCUCAAAUUUCCACAGAACUUUAAUGUCGAGUUCUCCGAAAACUUUCAAAAAUAUGUCAAUUUUUUCUUUGGGCAGAAGACUGCUUUUAACGUUGCUGCCGAAACUCAUGAAGAUGAAACCGUUUUUUGCACUGUC